UUCUUGCUGGGGGAAGCUGUUACAUGCUUCCCAAGAGCCCUGUCUGAUCCCUCCAGAAGGGCCGGAGAAGACGUCAACUUCACUCUCUUUGUUCCAGAAAGCCAUCCCAUGGGGUGCAGAUCUUGGGGACCAUGGGUGGCUCUGACUUGGCUUUUGGCAGCCUGUGUUUUCUUCGGGCUCAGCCCAGGAGGUAAGUCCCACCUGCAAGAGGAAGAUUCCCAUGUAUUUUAACUUUAUACUUUAUAUACUUUAACAGUGACAAAUCCCAAUCUGCUUUUUUGAACUGGAAACGAAGGAGGGGUGUGUAAGGUCAUAUUCUAAAUAAUAACUAACUUGGAGAGAAGACUGUACGCAGUGCGCACAUAUGUUUAUUUUAUCGAUUAGUUAAAUGAUCUACAUCUUCCUUGGAAGGACGUGGGAGGUCAUAUUCUAAAUGAUAAUUAUAGUAACUUAGAGAAAAUGUGUGCAGCGCACGCAUAUGUUUAUUUUAUUGAUUAUUUACACUUUUAAACUUCUCUUCCUUCCAAGGGAGCCAAGGCCGAUGUACCGUUUUUAUUUUACUAUGAAGGCACAAGAUGCAUAUCAUAAAUGAAAGAUAACAACAGUGACCACAUUAUACAAUAUAUGUGAAACUCACUCUCACAAAUACCUGGGGGAGGGAGGUAAAGGACCCCUUGACGGUUAAGUGCAGUCAAAGGCGAUUAUGGGGUUGCAGUGCUCAUCUCACUUUCAGGCCGAGGGAACCAGCGUUUGUCCACAGACAGCUUUCUGGGUCGUGUGGCCAGCAGGACUAAACCGCUUCUGGCGCAAUGGGACACCUUGACAAAUACCAGAGCUCACUGAAAUGUCAUUUAGAAAUACCUGCACCCUAACCUCAGUUAGUAAAAGAUAGGUCUGGGAAAGGCUGUGAAGAGUCAGUCAGUGAAGACAAAACUGAGCUGGUUGUAUCAAUGGUCUUAGAAUAAAUAGUAGAUGCUUUGUUGUUUAGUCGUUUAGUCGUGUCCGACUCUUCGUGACCCCAUGGACCAGAGCACGCCAGGCACUCCUGUCUUCAGUGGCAUAAAAGAUACCCAUUUCUCCCCCUCCCCUGCCCACCAUUGUCCAGAGAUCCAGAGAUCACGUAUUUGCCUACAUCCAUUAUUUACUUCUUUUCCAGAGCCUGUUGCUUCCAUUUUAAUCACUGGCAAUCAUUUUUUUCAGCAUCUUUGUCAUCACCAGCAGGACCCAGGGCAGGUUACAAGAUUUUGAAAUUAAAAUAGUCAAAGAUAUCCCAAUCACAGGGAUAGAGUGUGCAGUGAUGCUCCCACUGUGCUUCUCUCAGAUUUUGAUCUGCUCUAUUUGUCCGCCAUUAGGGAUCCUUUGGGAACUGACACACACACCCCAGGCACAAUUCUGCAUUGUAGGGGGUUGGACUAGAUUACCCCUUUCAGCUCUAAAGUUCUUUGAUCCUGGUGACUCCCAGCCGCAAUGCCUUUCCAAGUACAACGGAUUCCACCAUUAAUUUUAGCACAAUGGGUUUAAAUUUUAAAGAGACAGUUUCCCACAGUGAACGUUCCACUCAAGCCCGUGUAUGUCUGCAAGGAGAGUCAACAUUCUCUCUUUCAUAGCACAUGGAAUAACCUGCCGACGAUGCAGAAUCGAGGAGCCAGGGUCGCGGUGCUUUCCAGCAACAACAUACUGUAGAGUUGAUCAUGGGGGGUGCUUAGCCGAGAGACAGUAUAAAGGUAAGGAGACAUUGCAGAGUGUUUCUUUCCCAUUCGUGUGCGUGUUUGUAUACCAGGGCUGCCAUACAUCUGGAUUUUCCUGGACAUUGCUGGAAUUUCAAAGGCGGAAUUGACGUCCGAGGAGAAUUUCUGCUUUGUCCUGGAUCUUAGGCAAGGCAAACGGAAAAAUCGAGUUUUUUGAGCUCAAUGACUUUGGGGUUUCAGGUUUUCCUUAAAAAAAAGAAAGGCUGGACAAUCUUGGUGGUUUCCUUAAAAAGAAAGCUUGUGGUGUCCCAGUUUUUACUUUUUGAAAAAGUAUACUCUAGCGUAUACUUGAUGACACAUACCUGUCCCUGUCCACCACAGGCAAUCGUGUACAAAGAGUCUGAGGCCUUGUCUGAAAAUGGUUCAUGUAGCUGUAAACAACACUGCAGAAUGCAUCAGUUCUCUAAAAGGUUGAACAUUGUGGGUUCUGUUCAAGCAGAGCCGGCCCCGCCAUGAGCCGAGCUGAGGCAACUGCCUCAAGCAGUGGGAGCUAGCAGGAUCCAGGGGUGGCAAAUCCUACCGCUAUGGUGUGUUUACCUGCUGCUGAGGUAAAUAGCCCAGGCCGGGUGAUCUUACAGGGUCAGGGGGAGGCUGACAGCAGUGACCACACACUCAACCACCCUACUUCACCCAUUAGAAACUCACUUAACUCACAUAAUCAAAUACAAAAGACACACACAAAAACAAGCAAACAGGAAACCAGUAGGGAAAGGUGCAUUGAAACAAAACCAAUAAUAAUAGUAGUAAUGACCAGGAAAGAGGACACCACAGAAUGAAAGAGAGAGGGAGGGAGAGAGGAAAAUAAAAGGUAGGGAAGAGGAAGAAUGGAAAAAUGCAAAGGAAAGAAAAAGAGAGUGGAGAAGUGUGUGUGUGUGUGUGUGUGUGUGUGUGUGUAGCAGUUGAAAGUCAGUUGCGCAAGGGAUGUUAUCUCCAAUCCUUUCAAUUCAAUACCUUUUUUAAAGUUCACUGAAGAAAAUGUGGCAUCAAGGUGAUUGGUUGCUCGAUUAUUAUUAUUAUUAUUAUUAUUAUUAUUGAGUUUGUAUACCACUCUUCGUCUGAAGGUCACAGGGUGGUUCACACUUAACAAACUACAACUUAGCAAACUACUUGAGUGGCAGUGUAGCAGGCCAUGCGAGUAAAGAUGACAGCUGGGCUCAUCCCACUAUUUCGAAAUCCAUAUUGAGACUCCAGAAAAAAACCCUGGGCUCAACUGACCCUUAUGCUCCGCAAAUGGUGUUAUAAAGAAGGCUGGUUCUGCUGUAUUCUGUCACACCUUCCAAACAUUCUGUCACACUCUGGUGUGGCAAACUAGCAAGAUUCAAAACAGAACGGCAAAGUAUGUAUCAGCGGAUCUGAUUAUCCAUUGUUGAAAUUGCUGGGUGGUCCAACCCAAAUGCACUAUACACACAAAAAUGAGAUGGUUCUUACACCAGGUGAUCUUGACAGUAGCACAGGUAUUAGGAAAUACCUAAUAAGUAACACAAAGAUGCCCUCUUCUCUCCACAAUCCCAGAUGGCAAGCUGCUGAAAAGAAUCAAGGACUGUUAUAUAAAUGGUACCAGAUGUGAAACCAGUUGGACAACUCAAGAAGAUGAAAUUGAACACGAGGUACGCUGCUGUACUGACAGAGACUAUUGCAACAAAACACUGUAGAGUGUGGGUGAUGACAAACAGUUAAGGCUGAAAUCCUACCAACACCUCUUGUGGAACUCAGUAGAAUUUCCUUCUGAUUAAACAUGCAUAUGAUUGCGCUAGAUGAAAAAUUGCAUCCCUACUUCUAAUGUGUAUCGGCUAGAUUUGAAAUUUCUUUCUAAUAAAAAAUAGAUAGAUAAUAGAAUAUAAUUGACAAAUCACAGAGCAUAUUAUUGAAAACAUUUAUCUGUACAAAUGGUCAGAAUCUUAAUAAUUAUUUCAGAUUGUAAAAAGACCCUGAUGAUUGUGUUGUAGCACCACCUAGAAAUCCAGUGAUGAACUAAGUAAACAUGAUUUUAAAUGCUGG